CACCAACUCUCCAAACCCCCCACCUAUAUUUUUAUAAGAGAGGGACGAGUUUAGUGUUGGUUGAGAGAAGGAAGCAGGGUUUUUGUUUUCAGGUACACGCAUGGCUUCAAGGAUGUUGUGGGCAUCGAGGGCUGCCUCGUUCCUCAGGAUCUCAGCGUUCCAAAGAGGCUUUGCUUCUGUUGUGAAGGAUCUUAAGUAUGCUGACUCGCAUGAAUGGGUGAAAGUUGAAGGGAAUUCUGCUACUGUUGGUAUAACUGACCAUGCUCAAGAUCAUUUAGGUGAUGUUGUGUAUGUUGAAUUACCGGAAGUGGGGGCUCCUGUAACACAGGGCAGCGGCUUUGGUGCAGUUGAGAGUGUCAAGGCUACUAGCGAUAUAUAUUCUCCCCUUUCAGGGAAAGUGCUUGAAGUUAAUGCAGAGCUCACCAACUCUCCUGGUCUGGUUAAUGCAAGCCCAUAUGAAAAAGGAUGGAUAAUUAAGGUAGAGGUGAGUGACAGUGGUGAAUUGAAGAAGUUGAUGGACGCAGAUCAUUACUCGAAGUUCUGUGAAGAAGAGGACGCAAAGCACUGAGUAGCUUUGGUCAUGAAAGAAGUUGUAGUUGUAGGUGCUUUUUGUCAUGGAGGGUUUGUUUCACGGAUAAUCAUUUGACAAAUCAAGGAAUCCAGAUGGUGCACACUGCACAUUUCUUUCUUUCUGUUUUUAUCCAAACAUGUGCUUUCACUGCAUGCUCUCCAUUUGUUUCUUAAGAAUAAUCAUCAGGGUUUCCACUUUUACCAUUGGUGCUGCUCUGGUAGGUUUGGGGUUUGAGAACUAUUCUUAUUAUAAUGGAAUUAUUUUGCGGAAUGCUUUAUAAAGUUGGGAGUUAGCCGUACAAA